AUGGCGACGCAGGGCUCUGAUGCGCGCUACGCGCACCUGCUCGAGCCCAUCCGGGACCUCGCGCAGAACUGGUCGAUCGACAUCGCGAGCGAGCUCGAGGAGUACCUCGGCGAGCUCGAGUCGAUCACAAUCUCGUUCGACGACGGGACGACGCUGAACUUUGCAGAGGCGGCGCUGCUGAUCCAGGGCUCGACCUGCAUCUACUCGAAGAAGGUGGAGCACCUCUACACCCUCGUCUACCAAGUGCUUAACCAGGUCGUCGAGCAGAAGCGGGUCGCAAGGCAGGCCGCCUCGAUUGCAGAGGACGGGACCGACCGCGACGUCGUCGAGAUGGCGGCGGAGGACGCGUGGCUGACGCUCGACGACACGCUCCAGGAGGUGGCCAACAUCUCGCUCGCGCCGACGCGCGGCGCGCCCGACACGUCCGCCUUCACCCUCUCGCGCACGCCAUUCUUGGGGGGAGGCCCCUCCUCCUCCGGCGCGGGCGGCGAGAGCGAGUACAAGAUGCACUCGUGUGUGGUGCACGCGUCGGGCGCGCUGCUGCUGCCCAACGUCUACCUCCCGCCCCACGUCCUCGCCGCCCUCUCCCCCGCCGACCGAGCGGGCUUCACCCCAAACGCGCGCUCGGCGGCCGGCGCGGCGGCGGCGUUCGGCGGCGGCAGCGAGGAGGGCGGCGACGACGGGACGGUCGCGAUGCGCGACGAGGACGACGACGACACCUGGCAGCCCGCGGACGACGGCGGCGGCGGGAGCGGGCCGAGACCUCCGAGCACGCCCCGCCGGCCUCCGACAGCGCUCAAGCCGCGCGCGGCGAGGCUGGCGGCGCACGCUGCGGCGCGCGGCCGGCGGCUGGCGGCGCGAGCCCGACCUCCGUGA